AUGUAUAAAGGUUGGCCUUUUAGUGGUUGGGGUUUGAGUAUCAACGUUCCUUCAACAAUCCAGAAGAGGUUGCUUAAAUUUCUACUCAAGCGCGCCUUAGGUCAAUUUUUGGCUGAAGAACUUGAUCUCGAUAAUCUUGAAGUUCAAUUGGGUAAAGGGUUGGUUCAUUUGAAGGAGUUACAACUCAAUGUAGAGGUGUUAAACGAUCUCGUCGCAGAUUUACCGAUCGUGAUCACUGACGGUCGAAUAGGCAGAAUUGUCGCCAAUAUUCCGUGGAAGAACAUAUGGAAUUGUGACUGCGUUCUAGAGUUCCACAAUUUGAAAAUAACCGCUGUACCUGAAUAUACUAAGCCCAGAAAUGCUAAGGUCGUCCCAGAGGAUUCACAUAUAUUAUCUUCAUCCAUUCAUUUUGCGGGAGAUUUUCUGCGCCAUGAGAUGCCGCCUGAAGAGGAUGAAGAACUUCGUAAUUCUAUUUAUCAUUCUUUUACUGUAUCCCAAUCGGAUAAUGACAUAGAGUCAGGGUUGGAACAUUCUGACACCUUGCCGCAACAGGCGCCUAUGCAGGGAGAUAGUGGUAUCGAGAGCAUACAGGUUUUGGCGAGAUUGAUUGAUAAACUCAUGUCGAAUAUAAAAAUUGUAUUUAAAGACACAUGUAUUCGACUGGUUCAUCAUUCCAGUGUCAGUUUUAAUGAUAAAAAUGAUGCAGGGAAUCUCAAAGAAUACUAUUUCGAUCUUGAAAUACCAAACGCCUCUUUUCAAGACGAGACCCGUGAAUCGGAUGAUGAGUCCACUCCGACGAGUUCUGGAACCGAAAACGUUAAGCUAACUCCUGCACUAUCUGAAACAGUAAAGUCAGUAACUAUAUCUGGAUUAAGUGUUUGGAUAAGAGAAACGUUGAAUUCCACGGAUCCGACCAAUCUUUUGCCAAGAACUGAAGAAUAUAUGGGGAUUUCAGAUAGUGAGGAUUAUACGCAAAAAAACGGGGAACAUACUAAGAAUUUACCAAGGGAGACAUAUGAGGCGAUGAUUUUAUCUUGUGUUGACGAAGAAAAUCUGAUUCGUGUUACUUUACGCCCGAAUGUUCCUUCACCAAUUCAAAUGGAUCUUGGUAACUUUUCAUCAUCAUAUUAUUAUAAUCAAGAAGCCAUACAGCAAGCCAAUAUUACCCAAAAUUGGACCAUUGAAGGUUUAAUUAAGUCGGUGACUGCAGCGUUGACUCCAAAUCAGCUGGCGUUGAUUGCAGAUCUAGAAAAUGCAUUGUCAAAAAGUAAAUCAUCAUCAGAAACAAGGCUUUCAAGUAGUACAGAAAGUGACGAUGAUUAUGUUAGUGAAAGUACUCGGGCCAAUAGUAGGAUAUCUGAAGGUUUAAAUUAUCGUCGAAUGUCUCAACCAUCGCAAGAUGACGAUUAUUAUCGUAUGGACAAUCUUGUUUUUCAAAAUUCUACUUCAACUCUGCACUCAACAAAUGCAGCAUAUUCGAACAAAACGUCAUCCCGUCCCUACUAUAAAUCAACAAUUCCCAAUUCAACUCCUACGGCGAACACCCCAACUACGGCUGCGCCUUUGGGGUCAGCACCAUCUUCCACUUCCACUAUCAAUUUUAAACUUGAUGUUUCUGUGGUUGAAUUAUUCUUUUUGUAUGAUGACCCACCACCAAAUCUUAUGUCUGAUCGUCAGUUUUUCUUUAAUAAGCCAAAAGACGGCUUCAACAUGGAUCAUCUGAAAAUUGAUGUCAAUAAAUUGAUGUGUCAAAUACAAUGGUGGAGUCCAGAUUCGUCGCCUGGGGGUCAAAGAAGAAGCAGUAGCUCAUCGAGUGGUAGUUAUUUACCGGGAUAUCAAAAAAGUACCGAGGCCGAUGAGUCAUUACGCGUAAUAAUGGAUCUCACAGUUUCAGACUUGGCAAUUUUAGAGUGGCUAAGGGAUCCUUCAACAGACACUAAAUCAAAGAUAGGGCAAUCAAGACCUGGAUAUACGCUUCCUGCGUUUAACUCAUAUACGCAGCUCUUAGGUUUUGACUCUCAUUUGAUAAAUUCUUACGAUCCUGAUGAAUCGGGUCCCCAGAAUUUUUUCCCUAUAAUCAAAAACACGGAAAAAAGCCGUGCUAGCAGUUCUAGAAGGUUCGGUAAAUUUGGCCUUAGGCGAAACUAUAGUGCAAACGAGGCAGUCAAAGAUGUAAUCAGAAUUAAAUUGGAGGUUGGAAACGUUGCGAAUGAAGGAUUACCCAAUGUUUAUUCGGAUGUUUCAAUGGAAUUUGAACCAUUUUAUUUACAUCUUGAUCUUAGAAUAGUUGACCGGAUAGAAAGAUAUAUAAACAUUUUUUCGAUAGGUGCAGAUGGUGCAGAUUCGUUUUCGGAGGAAAAUACAACGAAACAAUGCUAUAACGGGCAAGAAUCCAGUCAACUAAUAAUUGACGACCUCGAUACACAAAGAUUACAUGAGAACACCGCUUUGCAGAAAUUUAGGCUCAGAAUUAGUUGCGAGAUGAUUAGACUUUGGCUUCAUUGUCCGGAUGUAAGCGGCGAAAACACACAAAGCACAAUGGACAAGUACAGCAUACAUUCUAGUUUGUUAAUUGCAGAUUUAAUACACAUGAAUGCGGCGAUUGGUUGCAUAUCUCAAAAUGAGCCCUCACGUUCUGCAAACUUUGGCAUACAACAAAGUGAAACCGAUACAAAUGAUUUUGACCUGCAAAAAAAUAGAAUCAGGAUUGAGUGUGGCGGGAUAAAUGUCUUCGUGAAGGAGUCCAAUGUUCCAGACGCUAAGUGUAUUCUCAUUGCGAAGCCGCUGGCUUCUCAGUCGCUACCCCAUCGAUCCAUGAUACACAGUGUUCCCAUAUUUCCAAAUUGUGAAAUUACUUACCGACCUACUAGUUCGAUUACCAAUCGGAUAUCAUAUGCUGGAGGUGGUGCUCGCCCUUCGCCAUUCUCUCGAACUUUUUCUACAUUUGAGGGCGAGGAACGUGCUAACUGGCCUGCGGAAAAUGAAGAAGAGGAGGUCUUGAUGUUUAAACAACGGACUAUUGAAAGCUCGAUGUUUGUGAUACAUUGCAAUUUUCCUCUCGUUCGAAUUCGAAUGACAAAAUCGUCAUACGACACACUCCAAAUAUUGUUAAAUGAUUUAUCGGUCUGGCAACCCAAAAGCAGUUCUAUAACAAGUGAGAAUUUUGGUUCGCGACCACCUCCACCCGUGAAUCAUGCAAAUUUUGUUGGCGGCUAUACGAACAAAUCUCAUGAUACUUUUUCUGGAUCGAACUUAUAUGACUCAGAAUUGCUUAAUAGUCGUGUACUUCCUUUGAGACCUAGCUUAGCUUCUAUUAUAAUAGCGAUGACCAGUGUCGAGUUUGUUAUGCUACAUGAGGAUAAAGGAAAUAGUCAGAAGCAACAUGCUCGCUCAUAUCAACUUAAUAUGCUAGAUUUGAGAUUUUUUGCAGUUAUCAAGCAUGAAGGCAUUGAUGAUACUUACAUAAUUUUGGAUAACGAUCAAUUCAAUUUCUUGGAAACAUCUGGUCGUGAGAAAUCACAGAUUUUGUGUCGCACCUUAAGCAAGAAUAUUAAGGCAAAAAACAAUCGUCCUAUGAUCUCUGUAAUAAUGCAUAUUUCGCUUGAUACCGAUUUAAAUAUGAAGGAGACCAACUUGGCAUUAUCAGUUAACGGUGUUUCUUUAAAAUAUUCUCAAGAUCCGCAAUGGAUUGAUGAUGUACUUGGAUUUUUGCAGGAGCCGGAGAUGAAAUCAUAUGUGGAUCUUCCUGCUCAAUUUACAAAAUUAUUUGUCACAAUCAACGAUUCUUCUAUUGAUUACAAGUCCGAUGGAUUUAACGGACGUAUUGUAGCUGUGUUCGAUAGUUUGAAGGCAUCAAGCAACAUAAUACCCGAUUCACCAAUGUUCGCCGCUAAGCUUAUUGUCCGAAAUCUGGAUUUGAUGUUGAUCGAUGACAUCAAAACCCUAAAUGAUCGUAUAGUAAAUCGAUCGAACUCAACGCCAUUAAGCGUUAAAAAGUAUUGGAAGUUAGUCGGACUUGUAAAAGCAGCAUCCUUAGAUUUUGCCGAAAUAAAUCUCCGUGCUAACAAAGGAGAAAUAUAUCCACAUCUUGAGCUUGAACUCACCGAUGAAAAGCUGACGAUUGAAACUUGUGCAGAUACCUUUCAGACGAUUAUUGGUUUAAUUAAUCAAAUGGUUCCCAAAUCUGAAAAUAUUGAUAGCGGGACGGGUAAACGAAUUCCCCAUAUAACAACUACCGGGAAAAACUUUGUGGGCAACGAUCUUGAAGAAUCAAUUUAUCCAGAUAUGUUAGAAGAGUUUUUUUCUCUCGAAAACGGCAAAAACGCGACACAUGAUUCGGACAACUAUAUUUUUGAACACGCCGUAAUCGAUGAUUUUAAUGAUGAGGAUUUUAUGGUGGAGCAACAGUUAUUUGCCGUACCAGCUCCCAGCGCAACACAAAAAAACCUCAAGACUUUAGAUGUUAUAUCACGUGAUGAUACGAUUCGCGUUCUGGAUUCAGAGCCUCUUAACUUUGUUGACGAUCAUUUCUCGGUUCCAACCAUAAGUGAGCUCAAGGAGGCCCAUAAAGAGUCUGUAAAAAGUUUGACUAGAAUCCGUCUACGAGAUUUUAAUAUUGUAUGGAAGCUUUAUGAUGGAUAUGAUUGGGAACGCACUAGGAAUGAAGUGAAAAGUUCUUUAGUUCAUUCAAAAUCUCAAACUUCGGUAAAUUCUACAGGAACUGUAAAUGAAGCAAACAGUUCGUCAGACACCGAGGCUGUUAGUCCAUUCGACCGUUUAUUAUUCACGGGAUCUCCGUUUAGAAAUCCCGAUUACGAUGGAUCAUCUCAACCGGCAUCCGAAAGCGAUUAUCUUAAUGAUGAUCAGAGUGAAACUGCUAGUCAAGUUAGUUCGCGAGUUGAUUCUGAAAGUACUAGUGUUCGAGAUGGAAAACGACCCGAGCAAAGUCACCGGGACUAUCCGAAGUUACGCCGUUCGAGGUCGAGUAAACUUGAGAUUCAACUCAAUAAGGUGAACAUGGAAUUUGACAUGUUUCCUAAGGAUAAUUUGAUUGCUUUUCGGUUGUUACUACUCGUUCGGGACUUGGAAAUUCUCGAUAACAUAAAAACUUCCGCUUGGCGAAAAUUCCUAACACACAUGCGUCCCGACAAUGACACGAGUCCUCGUGAAAGUAAAUCCAACAUGCUUAAGGUAGAUUUGCAAAGCGUUCGACCUUUGCCGAGCGAUCCCGUUGAAGAACUUCGGUUAAAGGCCAAAUUCUUACCUCUUAGGUUUUAUAUUGAUCAAGACGCGCUCAAUUUUAUAAUUAGAUUCUUUGCUUAUCAAGAUUCCAACAUUAACUCUCCUUCUGCCGAAGAUGAUACAUACUUCCAACAUUUUGAAAUACAACCAAUAUCAAUGAAACUAGAUUACAAGCCAAAACAUAUCGAUUAUACGAAUCUUAAGGAAGGAAAUUUUGUUGAGUUGAUGAACCUUUUCCAUUUAGAGGCUGCAGAAAUGACGCUGAGAGGCGUAAAGUUAACAGGGGUCAAAGGUAUACCUCGUUUGCUAGAAGAUUUGGGUGCUGCGUGGCUACCACAUAUUAAAAGCACACAAAUGCCAAACGUCGUGUCGGGUGUGACACCAAUACGUUCUCUAGUUAAUAUUGGAUCAGGCGUUGCUGAUCUUAUAUUACUACCAAUUGAGCAAUAUAAGAAAGACGGAAGGAUCAUCCGAGGUCUUCAGAGGGGAACCCAGUCCUUUGCCAAAGCUACUACAAUGGAAGCAAUCAAAUUUGGUACCAAACUUGCUGUUGGGACACAGACCUUACUUGAACAUGCUGAGGAGAUUCUUUCCACGAACGACGACAAUGGAAACCUCUCUGCUGCAAACAAUGACGAAGAGUUCGAUAGUGAAGAAGAUGAUGAUAAGGAGUUGAUUAGCAAAUAUGCUGAUCAACCUGCUGAUUUAAAUGAAGGUAUCGAGGCGGCAUAUAAAAGUCUACGUCAAAAUUUUGGCACUGCCGCACACACAAUCUUUGCAGUACCAAUGAAGGUAUACGAAAAGACUGGAACUCAAGGAAGUGUCAAAGCUGUGAUUCGCGCAGUACCUGUUGCCGUUUUAAAACCGAUGAUUGGAGCUUCGGAAGCUGUGUCGAAGGGAUUAAUGGGUUUAAGAAAUACGAUAGAUCCAAACAAAAAGCUACAAAUGGAGGAUCGGUAG